AUGUUUCGAAAAGGAAAAUCGCUUUGGAAGUCUUCCUGUAAAGAGAUGAGCAGGCUUAGAUUAUUCGACACAGACGGUGUCCGGGUGCCCGGUACAGAAUGUGACUUCCAGUUCAGUCGAUCCGGUAACCGGCCGACGCAUGGACGGUUCUACAGCCCGAGGUAUCCGUCCAUCUACCCAAACAACGUGCGCUGUUCUUAUUAUUUUCACGCCAGGCCAAAAGAACGUGUGAAAAUCCUUUUCGAAGAAGUGUCUCUUCAAAAGGGGGAUGUCAGGCAGCGUCAAUAUCCGAAGACUGUAAUAAAACUACUGAAGUAUGCUAUAAUCAAAUCUUUCAUCGAAAAUAUUGAAUAUGAUGACGGUAGUGCAACGUACAAGUUAGUGCCACUAUGUGACUUAACGUUUGUGAGAUUUAAGAUCUGCUUGAGGCGGGCAGACAUCAUCAAAGUGUUCGACGGCCGAGAUACUAAUGCUCCCACCAUAUCUAUGCUGUGCAAUGAGCUAUCAGGUUAUGAGGUACUGUCAACAGGACCGGCACUCCUAAUUCAGUUCACAGCCAACUCAGCGACACCGGGUCAAGGGUUCUCAGCAGAUUUCCUCUUUCAACCUCCCCCGGAUUCUACAGCUGCUGAUUCAGAUCGGUUGCUUAAGCUGAGUUUUGGAAAAGCUUUCGAAUCUCUCGGGCCUGAAGUAAGCGCUACAACGAUGCUGGAAGAGCGCAAGGAAGUUAUAAAUAAACUUGUAGGAAAUAAGUUUAAAUGGGAUCAAGUUGAAACUAACAAGUAUCUCUUUGAAGUUUCAUUGCAUUUCUUACAUCUUGUUCUUGCUGCUCUAGCAGGAAAACACCAUUUCUAUUAA